AUGACCUGGCCAGCAUUGCCAGCACGGGCCGGCUAUCUGGCACUCAAAAAUCCCAAGCGACGGAAUGCAUUGUCGCUGGCGGUUUUGAGAGAGUUGCGUGAUCAGCUUCUGGCAUACAACACAUCCCCCGUCGAUGGCAAGUUACGGAUUUUACCUCCCUUCAAGCCUGGCAUCCUUGACGAGCUCGAAAGUGCUGCGAAGCACAAAGACUCGAAAGCAAGCGAAGAGUACGGCUGGCUUCUUGAUUCUGUAGAAUGGCAAAGGCAUCGAAAAGGUCUUCCCAAUGUUGUUGUUCUGCGCAGUGAAGGACCGGUGUUUUGUUCGGGGCAUGACUUGGGAGAACUACGGACAUUGAGCCACGAUGAAGUCAAAGAGACGUUCCGCUUGUGCGGCGAGAUCAUGUCUCUAAUCAGACGGUCGCCAGCACCCGUCAUCGGGGUAAUUCAAGGCCUCGCAACAGCGGCUGGUGCACAACUGGCACUUACAACAGAUCUGCCCAUCGCUUGUGCCGGCACGCAAUUUCGAUUACCUGGAGCGACAAUCGGCCUGCCCUGCACCUCACCCUCAACAGCGGUCUCUCGCAGACUGGGACAUGCUUUCACAUAUAGAAUGCUCGUUCUAGCCGAGCCUGUUCGUGCCGACCAAGUACCUGGAGGAGCCGUUGAUACUGUGGCAGAUGAAGCUGCAUUGGAGGCAAGGGUAGAGCGAAUUGUCAAACAACUUUCAGAAAACACUGCGGCGCAGCCACAAGCAUUGGGCAAAUGGGCAUACUGGACGCAGUUGUCACUAAAUGGUCAACAAUCUGGUGGUGAUGGAUAUGAAGAUGCUGUGCAAUGGGCUGGAAGAGUGAUGGCUCUCCACGCCCAGGCGGAUGAUGCGAGGGAAGGCAUGAAUGCUUUCUUUGAGAAACGGACACCCGAAUGGAAACUGUGA